AUUACUUUUUGUCGGUGAUCUUGUAAUCUGAGAAAUAAUUUUUGUAUGUUAUUUUGAUAUUCUAAAAUUAAUAUUGCUCAGCUUUACAUGUUAGAAUAUGGUAGUUGACUUUGUGCAGUUGGUAAUGUUCAACCCAACUCCAACCCCAACGUAACUCUGAUCCCAUGGAAACAGGCAAGGCAACUUAACUCUAACCCGACUCUGACCCGAUUUGGACCCUCGAUGGAAACGUAGUCAUGUACACGAAUUGAGAAUGGAGUGUAAUGUCUACCAGAAUGUACAAUGUACAGUGCGUGUUAGAUCAGCGUGAAUUGUGUGGAUCGCUGUUGUUCGUUAACUUAUGCUAAAAAAUGUUAUUGACAGUUAUUUGUAUUACAUAAAAUAUAUACAUAUUCUAUAUACAUAUAUAUAUAUUUAUUUAUUUAUAUAUGAAAAACUUAUAUACACUUAAAUACAAACAGUAUGAUACUUAACAGUGUCUCGCUUUUGUGCGAGAAAAGAAUUUUUCAUACCAAUUGUACUGUUAACUAUUAACUGUUAAAAUUUUGUACUUGGUUAUAAUUAUUAGUACUAAAUUAUUCAUUUCUUCCGCAACAUGAUUUCAAAAUUGUUAUGUACUGAUGUGCUUGCAAUUCGCUGUGUAAAUAAUUUAGUAUUUGUAGGUGUGGGUUGUACAUUACAUAUUUUUGAUAUUGACACUUACAAAUUAGAAAAGAAAAUCGAUUGCCUUUAUCCAUACAAUAUACAUGGAAUUAUUGAGGGUCCUAACAAUAAGAUAUCUAUAUUUGGGGCUAACUCUUUAUGUGGAUAUAAUAUUCAGAAAAAACAAGAAACAUUAAUAGUUAAAGAAGAAUUUAGUAAAAAUUGUCUUAAUGAUUGGAUAAUAACAGUGAAAUGGUUAUCAUUUGAUGGAUAUGAGUAUUUAGCAGUUUUAUUAGCACAUAAUAACGUAUGCAUUUAUGACUGCAUCAAGAAAAACUAUCAAAAUGUAUGGUGCAAGGAAAAAUGCAUUCUGUAUGGUGGAUCAAUGUUAGUCCAAAAUCAAAAAGACUUGAUCAUUUUUAGCGGAACUGUAUAUCAAGAAAUAUUAAUAUGGGAAAUAAAUUAUAGUUCUUCAUGUACUGAAAUUUCACCUAUUUUACAUCGUUUGCAUGGACAUAAUGGAGUAAUCUUUUCGGUCAUAUAUGAUUCAGUUACUCAACUUAUCUGUUCUACAUCUGAUGAUAGAACAGUCAGAUUAUGGGAAGUGAAUAGCAAUGAAACCAAUAAAAAUCAUAUAAUUUGGAAAGAUGUCAAAAUUAAAUUAAAAAAAACAAUGUUUGGUCAUACAGCAAGAGUAUGGAAAUCUAUAAUAAGAAAUGAGACUUUAAUUACCAUAGGAGAAGAUUCUCUCAUGUGUACUUGGUCAUUAGAUGGUAAAUUGAUUAAUAAAAUUUGUGCACAUCAUGGAGCUGCGAUAUGGAGCAUUGACAUAUCAAGUGAUAACAAAAGCAUCUUUACUGGUGGAGCUGAUGGCGCAGUUCAUGCAUGGCCUUUCCCCAGUGAUUAUAUCCAACCAAUUACACUAGUACCUAGACAGCAUAUAUCUAUUUUGCCAAAAUAUAAUUGUUACUUAAAAAGUGGUAAUUUCUUAAUUUUUAAUGAAAACGGGAUUUUGUACAUCUAUGAUAGGUGGCAAAGUAAUCCAAAAGAGUUUUUGUAUCUUGAAAGGUUUAAUACAUAUUGCAUUAUGCAAGUUUCACUAUGCCAUUCUUAUGUUUGUUUUGCAUCAAAAGAUGGAUAUAUAGCAAUAUAUAAAGAAGCUGAUAUUACAACUAACAAAAUACUACAAUUAAUUGUGGAAGAAAAAAUAAUGGAAUCACAAAUACUCUCUAUACAAUGGUUAGGAAACAAUAACCUGGUAGCUUGUGGCUUAAAUGGUGUUCUGAAGAUAUUCAGUUUUACUAUGGAGGGAUCAGUAACUAUUCAAUCAAUGGGCUUGUUACCACAAUGUCGAGAGCGUUGGUUGACAGCAGCAAUAUUAUAUGAACAUGUGUUGAUAUGUGGAGAUAGAGCUGGAAAUAUGCAUGUUUUUGAGGUUCAAAAAUAUAAUUCGAAUGAUGAGACAAAUAUACUUAAAAUAAAUAACAAACCUAUUCAAACUUUUCCUAAAGUUCAUGGAAAGAUAGGUAUUCAAAAUUUUAUAGUUUUACAUUCAAAAUUAAUAUCAGGAGGUCGUGAUGGAACGUUACGAUUUUAUGAAAUAACUGAACAUCAAAACACAAAAUCUUUAUGCACUUUACAUUCGGAAAAAAUGCCAAUGGAUUGGAUUAGUGGCAGUUUAAAAGUAUCUGACGACAUUUUCAUAUUGGGAUUCAAAGAAACGGAAUUCUUAGUAUAUAGCAUGUUUUAUCGUAGAAUCGUAACAAGAGUUCCUUGUGGUGGUGGUCAUAGAUCAUGGGAUUGUAUUGUACUAAACGAACUUGUUUCAUUUCUUUAUAUUCGUAAUAAACAAGUAUAUAUAUUUGAUUUUCCGUUAGCUGCUUUAAAAACCCCGGUUUUAUUGAAUGGUUUUCAUACAAAAGAAGUAAAUUUCAUUAACCCUGUAUUAAACACAAACAUGCAAAACGUGUUUAUAUCUGGAGGAGAAGAUGGUACUCUUCAUAUUUCUCAUGUCUUCAGUACAUUAGUAAAAAAUAAUUUGUGCUUACAAACAUUAGGUAUUUUUGAUGGCCACAUUUCCACAGUAAAAUUUAUAACUUCCUUAAGUUUGCAAUUUAAUUCUUCCCGCAAUAAACAUCUUGUUUUUUCUGGGGGUGGAAGGGCCCAAAUAAAAGUGUGGGAAAUUAAUAUAAACGAUAGCAAAAAAUCAUUACAAAGUAUAGAUAUUUCUUGUCAUGACGUUACAUCUCAUAUGUUGUACGGAUUUGAUCGAUAUCGUAAAAAACAAUGUCAGGAGUCUAAUCGGUCUUACAUCGUAGAACCUGAAACCCGUUACAUGGAUGCUGAAAUUUAUCAUAGUACUACAAGCUUACAUUGCGUAUUGCUUUUCGUUGCAUGCGCAGAUGGCUUUGUAAGAAUAUUUUUGUACAAUACUAAAACAAAACGUAUUUCGUUAAAAAUACAUGCAAAAUGCGCAAUUCGUUGCAUAGUAAAAACAACUGUCUUAACAUAUGAAGAGAAGGUAAUUGCAUUAACUAUGUCAACUGAUGGAAUCAUUCGUUUUAUUGAUUUCACUGAUAUCGUUUUAAAAAUUAUACAAGAGCCGCAUUGUGAGAAGCAAGAAUUUCAGAACUAUAUAGAUGUAUCUGUUGCGAAAUUUAAUUUACAUCAAUCUGGAAUUAAUUCAUAUGACUUAAAAGCAAUUGGAAAAGACGAAUAUCUUUUGGCAACUGGUGGUGACGACAAUUUAUUUAACAUUAUUCGUUUUAAAAUUGAAACAUCAGGCAAAGAUCAACAGUUAUACGUUUCAUUGUUAUCAAAAUGGUGUACGUCCACUACACAUUUUGCACAAAUUACAGGAGUAAAAUUUUAUGAAGAUAAAAUUUUUAGUGUUGGAAUGGAUCAACAAGUCAUUAUGUAUAAUUAUAGCUUUAAUAAUGAUUGUUUAUGUGUAACAGUUUUAAAGAAAAUCUUCACAUUUGUAACAGAUGUAAAAGGUCUAACUUUAUGUUAUAAUUCAAAAGAUAAGCCAUUUUUGUGUGUUUAUGGAAGAGGAUUUGAAAUAUUAACGUAUGAAUAAAAUUUAAAUAAAAAAAAAAA